AUGCGCCUUUUUAGACAAUAUUCCUCCGAAAAUCUUUACUCUCGUGAUGCUUCGCGUGAGGAUUUCCCAAAGAAAGUUCUGGAUUUCAAAAAGUAUUUCAAAGAAUUUCAAGCGGAAUUCGAAGAAUUGUUCAAACAUCUCGUGAUAACCAAAAGAAAGAGAACUGCCCUGUGCACCGCUGGAAUUUUGCUGAUCACGAGUUCUUGUGUUAUCGAGGUUUGUACCGAGGUGAUGACUGCUGAUGACUGCUUACAAUUUGUCUUACACCCAAGCAGCAAUCUGCUAAAUUUGCGGGAAGAAAUGAGGAUGAAGUCAUAUACUGAAUCUGUGUCUUCAAACGCUGUGUGCCGUAUUUGUCACAGUAGCGAGCAGUCGGUGGCUUAUGAUAAAUCAACCACUGGUGAACCGUUGAUAUCACCCUGUCUGUGCAAGCGAUAUCGUUCCUUCUGUGAAUUCAUUACUAGCAGAAACUGCUACGCGGAACGUCGGAAUCUGUUCACGGACAUUACCUGUUUUGUUAUCCUGACACCGAUCGUUAUUGGAUGCAUCGCGCUGUGCAUCGUAUCGUCGUCCGUACAAACAAAUCAUUUUCAGCUCUGGGGCACUAUCAGCGGAUGUCAAGCUAUUAGAGGUGUUUGUGGUAGAUCAGCAGUCACUCCAUGGCUCGCCAAGACCUACCAACGGGGCUACAAGGCAGCAAAGAAGGCGCCAAAUAUUCGCGGCAAGUUUACUGGUGCUAUCAGCAUUACUCUUGUUGACCUAUGCAGCAUGGCUGGUUGUUACCAUUUCAUUCCACUUGAAGAUAUACCUCGAUUGGCGCGCAUUUCACGAAGAGGUGUUUGUGGUAGAUCAGCAGUCACUCCAUGGCUCGCCAAGACCUACCAACGGGGCUACAAGGCAGCAAAGAAGGCGCCAAAUAUUCGCGGCAAGUCUUUUUUUCCUAGUUAUCCAAUAGAACUGAUGCGUCUGUUGUGCUUCGAUUUUCGUUCCUUUUUACGCGAUUUAUGCAGUAAAAAUAUAGGUACUGCAAGUUCGGUAAAUAAUCCAUACUCAGGUGGUUCUGCGAUACACGAAAGGCGCCCGAGUACUAUUUCAAGCAGAACAUUGGACAUCAAUUACAAUGAAUUUGUGCGGCAUUUGCAGCCCAGAGAGGAAGCUAUCUCUGCAACCAGCUCAUCCCGCUACAUACUCGCAUCCACACCGAUACCCAGCGAAACACCGGCGCAUGUGCCAAUCUUCGAUUAUCCGACUGUGAAGCGAAAAAGGACUGAGAAUUUUCCAUUACAAAAUAGCUUUUGCAACAGAAAUAGCAAUAUACCAGCACCAAGUUCUGUUAGUAGCGUGUGA